AUGGCCGCUGUUCUCGCUCCUGAACCUCAAGUGUAUCAUUCUUACCCCUCACACAGCAUCAUGGAAGACGUAUCAGAUUCAGAAUCUGAUCCCGACCUCGAAGCCGAAUUGGACCCUGAUCAACAACGGUUCUAUGAACAACAACAUCAACAGGCAGUCUACUAUCAGCAACAUACUUCUGUUCAUGGAUCGAGUGAUCAAGUCAAUAUGAUUCAAGGACGAGGAGCUGGUCAAAAUGGGAGUAAUGAAGGCAUGGACGAUGACGAAAUGUACAGUGAUGAUGAGAGCUCAACCGCGAGUAUCCCAGAUGAGAAUAUAGAUUUUAGCUUGACCUACGCGUUGCACACAUUCCUGGCAACCGUGGAAGGUCAAGCAUCUGUCGUCAAAGGGGAUUCGCUACUCUUACUGGACGAUGCAAAUUCCUACUGGUGGCUUGUGCGCGUUCUCAAGACGGAAGAUGUGGGCUACAUCCCAGCAGAGAACAUUGAGACGCCGUAUGAGCGACUGGCCAGAUUGAACAAACAUCGCAAUGUCGAUCUGGCAGCGGCUACCAUCCAAGAGAAGCAGGCUGGAGAAGUUCAAGGAAGAGAACGACUCAAGGGGGCUAUCGCCGGACGGGCCAGAGGCCUGAGGGCGGAGAAAUCAGGCAAUGGGCCAGUUGCAAAGAAGGGAGUUCAAUUCGGCCAGCCUACAUUCGUUGAUCAUCCUGGAGUGACUUGGAGCAGCGAUGAAGAGAGCGAUGGAAGCUAUGAGGAAGGAGACGAGGAUGAAGAUGUUGAGCAGGUGGAUCGGGCGGACCUGGACGGAGAAUAUGAUGAUGACCAUCACGAGGACGGAGACGACGCUGGAGUAGAAGAGGCUCUUGGGAAUGCUGCAAACUCGAGUAUGCUGGAUAUGGAGCCGGAUGAUGGUGUUGCUUGGGCAGACCAAGCCGGUCAAAACGGACAAAGGAGGGUCGUCGAGAACAGGCAGCAGCAGCAGCAGCAACAACAGCAACAACAGCAACAACAGCAACAACAGCAACAACAACACCUCCUGCAGCAGCAGGGAAACCCUCAGCCAGGUUCAAGGAAUGCGUAUGCUCAGGCCCAGCCGAACCAGGAUCGAUUACAGCGCGAAGGCAACGCUGGAGGUUAUGGGGGCAUACAAUCCCCUUCGACGUCCAGUAUCAACUCGUCGCCAGGUAGCGCUAUACUCGAUCCUGCCGCUGCCAAUGGGACACGGCGUAUCACAGCCACACCAGCCGUCGCAAAUGGCAAUGGCCCUCUUCUCCCUAGCGCUAUACACAAUCAAAAUGCCCAAGGCGCACGAAACGCAAGUGGCCAAUCCAUCGCUUCGGUCACUUCCAUGGUGUCUACGGGAUCGCAGGGCAGUCUCUCUAGUUUGCAGGAUGACAAUGGCAAGAAAACGAAGAAGCAACGAAAGAGCAGUAAGGAGGACCUGAAAGAGGAAUCUGGAACAGGAGAGAAGCGGAGGUCAAAGGGUAUGCUUGGAGGACUGUUUUCGCGAAACAAGAAGGACAAGAAGGCCGCUUCAACUGGCGAGCCGAGAAAUUCUGAAGAUAGCACCGUCAGCGGUGCGAUGGAUGUUUCUCCUGGAAGUAUGAUAUCGGAUGAGUCACCAGGCAAUGUCGGCAAUAGGGCGCCUACGCCUGGUGUUCGAGGAGCUCCAACUGCUGGACCUAAUUUAGUCCAUGGGUCAAGAUUGGCUGAACGCGAUCAAGCCCUACAGCAAGCUUACACCAGCAAAUACCUCAACAAGUCUCCUUCUGGGGAUGUUCUGGCUCAUAAUGGCCAGCCUGAUCCCAAUGCCGUCACUCAAUCUUCGAUGCGUCUCGCGGCUACCAUUAACGCUCCGAGCAGACCUCGACCAAGUAGUGUCAUCAUUUCUCCUAAUCCCGAUGGGCCGCCUAUGCUCAAUGUCAUUCGAGUGUUCGCGGGUGAGCACGUCAAAUCCGAGGCGAGUUUCAAGACUGUCCUGUUGAACGAGACGACGUCUUCUACGGACUUGAUUCGACAGCUCAUGCAGAGAUUCCGUGUGCCUCAUGCUGCCAAUCCUUCGGUCUGCGACAACUAUUUCUUGACUAUCAAAGAAUUCAACGGCGAGGAAAUGGAGUUGGAGCCAAAUGAGAAACCCCUCGAAGCUUUCCAAGAGGCCGUUCAGCGAUGGUCAGCAGACGAUCCAGAUCCGACUAAGAGACUUGGGGCCAUCACGCCGACCAUCAAACGAUCUUCCAUCAGCUCCAUCUCUUCAGUAGUCUCGCUGUCAAAUCACCCCGCAAUUGCAAAACUUGGGAUGAACGAUUUCCAGGACGAUUCCACGGUGAAAAUUUAUCUGAAUCGAAGACGACCAGGAAGUCAGCGAGGGUUCCCUGAACCAUCCAGUGAAUUCUCAAGCUACUCGACUCAUCUAUCGACUGUUCAAGAAUCAUCUCCUGACUCCAGAAUCGCCAACUGGUCAAGUGCACCUGGAACACCGAGCGCCGCUUCUGAUCUGACGGCUACUCCGCCCACUCCACAGGCUCCGAGUCAGCGAUAUAACCCAUCUCUGUCCAUCAAUACGCACGGUCAAGCAUCUCCCGAGAGAUUCAGUUCUCCAUCCGCUAAAUUCACGAUUCAACUCUUGAUCAAUCGCGGCGAUUUACCUGACAUGCUGGCCUUUGACCCGAUCAGCGACGCCAUCAUCCCGAAGAACCUCGCUCGGGAGCGUCAAGCCAACCCGACAAUGCCAUUGGAAUUGCGGAAGAAGCUCUUCAUCCUUCCGAGGAAUGUGACUGUCGCAGAGGUCAUCGAGCAAGGUCUGGAGAGGUUUGGUAUUCCAGAAGGCGUGGUGGAUGGAGGUGAUGAUGUGGAGGACAAAUCGAGAGGGAGGAAUGGUGCGAGGGUCAAAUACAUCUUGACUUCGGUCAAGGACGGAGAGGAACGUCAUUUGAUGCUUUCGAGCAAGGUGUUGGACGCGUACACGACUCCUCCGCAAUUGCGCCCUGCGGAACGUACGACACCUGAACAGCGUCGACGAUCCCGCGAUAUGACCUUGAACCUCGGGCAACCAUCAGAUAUUCUCGCCACUGAUCCGGUCUUCAUCCUUCGACGUGUUGGACCCAGAGGCACGCCAAAUCAAGCUCAAAGCAAUAGUGACGCCAUCGCGGAUCCUCGCACUCCGCUCAUGGCUGACGAUACUCGCUUGGAGAAGCAGAAAGCACCUGGUCUGUCACCACAGGAGAUCAUCGCGGCCCAGAGGGCAGCUUCUCGGGCCAAUCAACGAGCUCUUAUCUCCGCACAUUCAAAUACCAAUCAAGGCGUGGACGUCGUCAUUCCUGAUAAGGGCACUUUCAGAUCUUCAAGACUGCUCGAACCGAAUGGCGGGGAGGUCGUCCGAUACUCUUUCAUCGAUGAUAAUGGAGAAACGUACGAUAUCUCAGAGCUCAUUGCGGAAGAAUGGGGCGGUUCUGAAACGACCAGUCCUACGAUGACCCAGCCGCCUGCCCUUGUUCGACAUGGGGACUCGAGCGCGUCGAACUACGUGACUGCACCUAGUACGCCUUUGGAGCAACCGGGCAAUGAUAUCACUCCUCGACAAUCAGAGGACAUUCUUCGAGAUGUUCUUGCACGGUCGCAAGGUCAGGAUGGCAAGUUGGAGGAAAAGUUUUCUCGAGUCAUCUCGAAAGUCAAGAUGUGGGCUACACCUACUUGGGAGAGCAAGGAUAGGGCUGCCUCUGUGGGUCGUGGCGCCUCCAGUAGUGGAAGGGUGACGCCGCAAGGGACAUCCAGCCGAUCGACAACACCCCAGCCUCAAGCUGGGUCCGGGUGGAACGAGGAUCCCAAUCUCGAUAUGACCCCUCGACCUUCCCAUCAUCAGCCUUCUUCCGCCUCGUAUCCUUCUCAAGCAUCUCAUGUGGAUCGAAGUGAUUCGCGAAAUGGAUCCCGUCAAGCCAAUUAUCAAGAUACAGCUGCUUCAGUCAACCGGAUCAUUUCUCGACAUCAUCAACGUCAACAACCUUCUAUCGCUUCUAUCAUGUCGGAUUUGUCGACGGAGACUGGUGGGACACCUUCGGCUGCAGCGGAAUCUAUGCGAGAACGCGUAUCUCGGGAACCAUCUCUUGAGCCCAUGUCGGAGAGUGACCAGUCACAGCUGUAUGACGAGCAUCGGCAGUAUUCUCAACAGUCAUACCAAACGCAGAGGCUAUACAGCCAUUCGUCUGAGGAUUUACGUCACCCACCGGAUAUUUCUCGUACGGAUGGAACUCGAUCUUCAACACCUCAGACGGCCACUUCAUCUACGCAUCCCACCCCUCCAUUCAGCACCAUUGCCGUGUUCCCCCGUUCAUUAUCUUCGGCUAGCUCGGGACCUCGCGUGCCAGUCUCUAUCAAGGACGAUUUCGGGCUCAAGAAUCUCAUGGCUAUCAUCGAUGUCAGAUCAAGGGAUUGGUCCAGGAAGAAGCCGACGCAGCCUCCUGCGAAAGAGGAUGAAGUGAGAGAUAAAUUCUACGGCAAAGAGAUCAACUGGGAGGGUGUGCAUCCCGAGGUCAAAGGUUGUUUGACGGGAUUGGCAGACCGUAUGGACAGAUUUGAUAAAGAAGUGGAUGAUCUACUGGCGCUGGUCGCCAGUAAAUGA